GGGGAUUGCCAUAAAUCAGUAUGUAAUAAUUCAAAAGUGAAAGAGGAAAUACGACAUGAAGGAGAAAAUGGGAGACGAACAUGUUUUCCCAAUUGACAAGCAUGACAUAAAUUAUUACUAGGAAAGAAUUUAAAAAGACUGGAGACACUCGAGACACCACGAAGAACUGCCGGGUUGGGAUGUCCAAGACGCCGAUGCCAUGUGUGGAUGUCAACGGACGCAUUGUGGACCUGAGCUGGGGGCGCAGGGAGCAAGGGGUAGAGUGGGCCGGAGUUAUUGGACCGAUGCAUCACGGUUCCCAUCCGAAGAUCCUUCACAGAAAAGCCAUGUGCAUCAAAUUCAAUGGAGCAGUUAUUAUCACGCGUAAACUGGCGAACAGAAAUAAGUUUAUUCAAAUAAGUCGUGAUCUUUCCUGUGAGCCAAGAAAGGAGAAGGAGAAAGAAGAAGAAGUAUCAAGGUUUCCAAAUCUUAAGCUCAAAAACGCAGCAGCCACUUUAAGGAACAUCCGGAAGGUAUCAUAGAGAAGGUUCGGUGUUGGAAUAUUGAAGUUAGUGAGUUAAUCGUCGGAAU